GAAGGGCCUGUUUCCACAGCAGGGCUAUGAUUCUAUCCAUGUCCUUACCUGAUGGGUUAAACCAGCACUUUGUGUUGUUGGGAAAAUGCGGUAAUCUCACAUCAGUUUCCCUAAACCAGUGCUAGUGACAGAAUCUUAUUGGCAACUAUUUAUCUGAGCUAAUAUUCCUGUGAUAAGUUGAGAAACAUCCUCCAAAGCUGUCAAGUCUGGAGUUGAGACCAGGGGUGAGUGAUCUGGUGGAGCAGUAACCAACACGACGUGGUGAAAUGUGGUGUGGAAAUGCUCAUUGGCCGCCUGCCCCCUACAAACCAUUGAUGCGAGUUCUUGGUGAAUGAAAGGGGAAUCUUUCUGCACAGUUUCCGCGCUGCUGCAUCAUUGGUCAGUGACAGUGUGUGCUUCCUCUGUAUGCCGGCAUUCCUCAUCACCAGUUCCCCGAGAAUCCUCAAGCUGUUGCUGUUGGACUUGGUGAGUGCGUUCUGCUGCCACAGAUUAGCGGGAGCUUCACCGGUUGUCGGAGAGGAAUGUGAGGAAACAUCACUGCAGCAAAACCCCUCGACUACAACCCCAGCAGGCUGAUCGACCUUCAGAGUGUGGUGAGUGUCGAUGAGGAGAGGGGAGGCCUGAUAUGUCGACGCAAGGCUGGGACCGUGGAACACAAUGUGUGGCCAAGUGUGACUGUAAAUGCUCAAAGAAAGAUGAGCUCCCGUUUCACAAAGGGGACAUCCUGACCAUUAUAGAAGUCGUUAAUAACAAAGGUUUGUACAGGGCAAAGAAUAACAAGACCCAGGAGGAUGGGCUAGUAUCCAGGAGCAAAUUACGAGAGCGGGAGGCCAUUCGUGUAGACCCCAACAUCAGCCUCAUGCCGUGGUUCCACGGGAAGAUCAGUGGUGAAGAGGCAGUCCUGGUGCUCCACCCUCCGGAGGAUGGACUCUUCCUCGUUCGAGAGUCCAUUCGCCAUCCCGGAGACUAUGUGCUGUGUGUCAGCUCGAACGAGGAAGUCAGUCACUACCGCGUUAUUUAUCAAAAUAAUAAACUCACCAUCGAUGAAGGCAACUAUUUUUACAACCUGAUUGAACUCAUCGAGCAUUACAUGAAAGAUGCAUGCGGGCUUAUCACCAGGCUAACAAAACCCAAACUAAAGGAGGGCACCAAGUCAGCGGCAGAGGAGUUCUCUAAAGCUGGAUGGCUACUGGAUAUUCAACAGCUGAUAUUAGGAGAUCAGAUUGGCGAGGGGGAGUUUGGAGCUGUGUUUCAAGCUGAGUACAUCGGGGAGGAAGUGGCUGUGAAGAACAUCAAAUGCGAUGUCAUGGCUCAGUCCUUCCUGGAGGAAACGUCUGUCAUGACUAAACUGCAGCACAAGAACCUGGUGAAGUUACUGGGAGUUAUUCUGGACAAGGGGCUGUAUAUCGUCACUGAGUUCAUGAGUAAGGGGAACCUUGUCAACUACUUGAGAACCAGAGGCAGAACAGUCAUCAAAACCAGAGAGCUGAUCAAGUUUGGGCUAGAUGUCUGUGAAGGGAUGGAGUACCUGGAAUCCAAGAAGCUUGUUCACCGAGACCUUGCGGCCCGUAACAUCCUCGUCUCACAUGACAACAUGGCCAAGGUCAGUGACUUUGGACUGGCCAAAGGAGUGUCCAGCAGCCAGGACCAAGCCAAGCUGCCGGUGAAGUGGACAGCACCAGAGGCGCUGAAACACCAGAAAUUUUCCACAAAAUCCGAUGUCUGGAGUUAUGGAAUUCUCCUCUGGGAGCUGUUCUCAUACGGCCGGGCACCUUACCCCAAACUGUCACUGACAGACGUGUCGGAGCGAGUGGAGAAAGGCUAUCGCAUGGAGUCGCCUGAGAAGUGUCCGGUCCCCGUCUACGAACUGAUGAGAUACUGCUGGGAACACGACCCUGGCAAACGGCCCACCUUCAAAAAACUCAAGGAGAAGAUGGAAAAGGAAGGACGGAAGUCAGAAUAUGUUUGAAGAAAAAACUAUUUGAAGGACAAUUUGGAAUAGCCUUAAUAGAUUUUAUUGGACUAAUAUUUCCAGGUGGAUCAUUUUCAGCAAUUAAGAUUAAAAUGAGCAGCGAUACGGGAUAAAUGGUCAUUGAUGUUAUACAGAGUGAUCAGGAAUAUGCCUUGUGCCUGCUAGAUUCUGGAAUAGGCAGCAUACAACCCAGCGCUAUGAACAUUGACUUCCCUAACUUCAAGCAACCCCCUCUCUCCAUCCCUUCCCCUUCCCAGUUCUCUGUCUCUGACUACAUUUUAUCUGUUUGUUUUGUUGUUACCUUCUCCCAGCUAACAAUCUUAUA